UGCAGCAUGGAGGAGCGCAAGGUCGCGCGGCCUCGCGUCACCUUCUUCCAGCCCCGCGGCAGCCCCGUCAUCGCCGUGUUCAGGUCCGCCCCGCCCCGCCCCGCUCCCGCACGUGCUCCCGGGCGGGCGCGCACCUCCCGGCUCCUCCGUCCCGUUUCUUGCAGCGUGUUCGCGGGCAGCGAGGCGGCGGCGCGGCGGUUCCUGCCCAAGAGCCGCAUCUCCACGGUCAUCAUCCGCGACAACGCGAGCGCGCAGCGCCUGCAGGACCUCGAGGCGAAGCACUUGGAGCAGCGAAGUAGGAAGACAAGCCACUUCCACGAGCACCUGAGGAAGAAGUUCGUGGAUGAGCAGCAGAGGAAGACGUCCCGCUGGAGGAGGGAGGCUGACAAGUUUGGGAGGCUCCUGGAGCUGGUGGGGCAGCGGACCAGGAACCUGGCAAGCGCGGCCUCGGCCAGCCUGGCGCUGCGCAGCUCCCAAGCCAGGAGCCGCGACCUCAGCCCCAAGAAAGACGCAGCUGUGAUGUCUGAAAAGUGACCCGGGCUCGGAGCCAUCUUGCUCUUCCCUCUGCUCAGGGCUUUUUCUAACCUACCAGUCAGGCGCCUUGCUAGCAAGGGGGAGAGCAAGGGAGUUGAAGCAGUUGCCGGGUAUUACUAGUUAGAGCAAUAAACCGGCACAGGUGUGUCAGGCUGUUUCUCUGGGUCAUGUUCCCAGCCAGUGAGGUUGGGGCGGGGGCACAGCACUGCCACAGGAUCCUUCAAAGCUGUCCCAGGGUGUGAGGAGAUAAGUGAGAUGUGAGGACGGGCACAGGUAAACGCAGGCUCAGGUUUGUCACUGCCAGGCCAGUCCCUCUGCAAGGGGGUAAGCACUGUAAUAUAUAAACUAGUUUCUGAAAUUGGGUGCCACUCGAUUCUCAGAAGUUUAUGGAGGCUGCCCCCGGUCCAGGAAAGUUGGGAACCGAUAUUCUAAACCAGUAGGGCUAAACCUUUUGGCAGACAUGCCGCAAAUUAGCCCUGCCACCUUCCUUAGUGCCACUCCAGUCCCCUUCACCUUCCUGCUCUCCUGCUCUGCUUUCUGCUUCUCACUUUAUCUGCUACCGUACCAUUUGUUCCCUCCCUGAUAUGCUGCAUGCCACAAAGGCUGCUUAUGGCAUCUGUGCUGCAGGUUGACCACCCUUGCCCUAAACAGAGAGGACUACAGUAGUGAGUGAAGCGUAGGGUGGGAGCGGCACAGCUUGGGACAGAUGUGAGGUAGAAAGAAAACUUUUCAGGAGACAGACUUGCACUUUUCCAGUAGAAACUGACAUUAGUUGGGUGGAACUUUCUAUUUGGUUUGUGCCCCCAUGGAAAUUUACCCUGAGUCCAAAGAGAACAUGUAGGAGCUCUUCCGAGGACAAACAUUUCUGAGAGUGUCAGGUGCUCAUGAAGGGUGAGUAAGUCCCCUGUGGGGGGAGGAAGGAGGGGAAUAAUUUAUUGAAGGAGGUUGAGAACAAGAGAAAGGAAUGAAGGGCUGUGGAUGAAAAGAUGUCUUUUGCACCUGGGUGCAGUUUAGCAGGGAUGCAGUACUUAUCUCAUUGCUCUGAUUUGAGAUAGUGGGGUAUGUGGUGAUCAGGGCAGAACUACCAGCCCCUAGCCAGAGACUUGACCCCUGUUUGACAGAACUGGGUUGGUGACUAGCGAAGUGGAAAGAGAGAUUUUCUUCUCACUUGCCUACCUCCUUUAUCUUAUCCUGACAACACAGUGAGAGCACUACCCAUCUUCAGAAUGCCAGUCUGCUCUGCCAGGCCAGAUAGAGUGAAAUGCUCACCACUGGCGACGCGUAGGGGGUGCACACGGAUGCACAUGCGUCCCCUGAGAUUGGCUGUGACCCCCCUGAGAGAAGUGCUGGUGGCACUUGUGCUGGUGGUGGCAAUUGGCUGCUUGGGGACCAAGCACUACAACCCAUUAACCAGAGAGAGGUCAACAAACUAGAGGGGAUUCAAAGAAACACAAAGAAGGGAGCUGGAGCAGUGGCCUGCAGAUCAGGCUGUGAUGACAAACCCACCUAUUGGGGUGAGGAAGGCUGGGCCUCUUGGACUGGCGUCCUGGUAGUCUGGGGCAAGAAUUUGAAAUCAGGCACAGAAUCCUGACAGGGAUCCUACUGACCAUCUCCUUGGGACAUAUCCAAUUUCAUACCAUACCUGAGACCUGCUGCCAGGUGCCACCCACCAGCUUGUAAAUGUUAACCUUGUUUACGCCCCAGACUCCAGCAGGGCCCACUGUGACAUGCUGCAGGGAUCCCGGCAGCUGAACCUAAGUGUUUCCAUAUAGUGUGUAAAUAUUGUCUCCGCUGUUCACUCCUAACACUUGCCCAUUGCUGGCAUCAAUCUGCUUUAAGGACCCCGGUACCUCUGUGCAAUUGAGAGCUGAAAAAUAUAUGAAAAAGCCAUGUAUAUGGACUUGUUAGCUUGAGGGAAAGAGCCAAAAAGAUGAAAAGUCUGGGAUCAGUGUGGUCUACAAGUCCUCCAUUUGUCCACAUCCCAAACAGGUGGCUCAUAGCCCAAGAACUUUGCCAUCUAAAGUAGGACGGUCUAACUUCAAAGCAGUCAGGGGCCACAUGCCUGCGUAGGCCACCCUAGCAGUGACCACACACUGCAGGGGCAACACUAGAGGGGGUCAUGUGUGUACAGGUGCCCCCACCUCUAUUAUGCACAAGGGGAUGCUCCCCCACCCUGCUGCACCAUGUGGGGGUGGGUGAGGAGGCACUCCCCUGUGCUGUGUUGGCCCCUGUCUCCCAUUCAGCUCCCUGCAGGCUCUUAUGGCACUGCACUGCACUGGCAUGCUGGGCUGCCGGCUUCCCUAGAAGCACAGGCUGUGCUGCACCACGUAUACCCACCUUUUGGCAAAGGGUAAAGCAGCAGAACUUGUGGGGAGAGGGGGAUCCCCAAGACCCUGGGUGCUGCUGCAGCCAGAGCAAUAGGGGCAACAGUGGCUAGGUGGGAGUCUGGGUGCUACAUCUUAAUGCUUUGCAGGCUGCAUGCAGCCCAAGAGCUACCAGUUGGACACUUCUGAUCUAGUGUCUCCUUGGAGGCUGAGGCAGUUUUGCUCCAUACUGCCAUCCACAGCAGCAGCAUCAUGAACUAAACACAAGAUAGACUGAGGUCUUCAACAGAGCCCCCUUGCCCAGGGUAGACAAGGCAUGUGGCCUCAAGAUCAGAUCUCUCUUCUAGAUAAGAGUACUUCUGAGACUUAAGUGGUUACAGAGGCUACAGCCCACUUCCACACCUGGAAGUUUGACAGUGAGGCUGCUCCAAGUUUAAACGCAGUUCAAAUCCAGCAGCUGCUCUCAGGUCUGCCUCAGGCUAAGGGCUUGAGAGUAGAUGCCAGGGGGAACCCUGAGCAUAGUGCCUGUGGACAUGGGCUAAUGGGGUGCUGGUUAGCUUCAUCUGUUCCAGGACCUGUUGCUGCCAUGCUAGAUUAUGUCCUAUCUGGCCCUGUGCUUGUCCCCUUCCUGAUCUUCCUCAGCUCCCAAAGGUAACAGAAAAGUCUUUGAAAUUAUUUGAAAAGAAAGUGUAUGUUAUCAUGGCUAUGGAUUUAGACUACAGGCAACCUCCGCUUAACGCCAUUUCACUUAGUGCUAUUUUGCUAUAACGCUCAUUUUAAAUUGAUACCUGAUUUCACUUAGCGCUCAGCGAGUUUUGUUAUAGCGCUCACGGCCGCCAUCUUGGGUCAUUAUAAACAAUGACGGUUGCUAUCUUGGGUUGUCAAAUGCUUUCAGUUUCACUUAAUGCUCGUUUCUCUUAACAUUCAGUUUUUCAGGAACCAAUUAAGAGCGCUAAGCGGGGUUGCCUGUACAUUGGCCAUGUGGUGUAGGUGUAGUUCAAGUACAAGAGGAAAAGCUUAUUGCCACAUCAAGAACUUUUCAUGAAGUGUGGUACUGAAUCCUUCCCCAGUGCCUCAGGGAGGUUAAGUGCAGAACAGACUGAAAUUAAGGCUGUCUGGUUCACAAGUAGCUUGGAUGGUUUGCAGCAUCAUUUGGAGGGAAGCCCUAUAUUUUGAAAUUUCCCCCGACCUGGAGAUCUCAAAAAGAAACAUUAGCAGUGCUUGGUGUUUCCAAAUGCAGUAAUCUUCCCUGGACCCAACAGCCACUGAAACCUGUGGCUCCAGGACAGCAAUACAAUUCUGACUGGCCUGGAACUGAAAAUAGUCUUCCAGGCUCCCAGAUCAGCGGGCUGUCUGGGCUGCCCAGGGUAGCAGACACUCAGUUGGCCUGGAAAACUAGCAGCCCAGGGGAGAACUGAGCUCUGAACUCUCCUCUUGAGAUGGAUGCCCAGGGGUCAUAGACCCUGGGAGCCCUAGCCCCAGUUGGGAUUCUCAGGGCUUCCAGUGUCCCUCAUACAGACCUAUAAACCCUGAGUGCUCAGGGUUUUCAACCAUCCUGCUGCAUAGCAGUGAAUCAAGCCCCAGUUAGACCCAUGCCUCAGGAUUUUCCAGCAGUCUGGAAGCACUGUCAUAGGAGUGAGUGCCUUAGAGCUGUAGUUUCUGAAAGCACCUGGACCCUAACCCUGGGACAGUCUGCACAGCUGGCUGCACCUGACUCUGGAAGCCCUGGGGGCCACAGGUAGGAGAACUCUGCAUGGUGGGGCAACACCAAGCUGUGGACACUUGAAGCAUGCAUCCUCAGAAGCUUGAACCAAUCCUGUGUGUAUUUCAUCAAAUGACCAACAUUUUAUGAAACAUUUCAUGUGUAAUAAAUGAUCAGUUCCCAACAAUCAGCUCAAGUUAAAAAACACACAAACUUAUUUUAAAGUCUUUUAGCAGAAGAAACACUUGCUUUACUUGAGCUCCUUCCAAAGAGGGGCAACAGAAGCAGCAGGAAGUCUGAUACCCUCAUCUUCAGAAAUGCAGGGACUCCUGGUAGCUGAGGCAGGGGAAACUGGAGCUUUUAUAGAUCGUAUGUGAGCUUUACCCUGUGGGUUUUUUUGUUGAGGGGUUUGUUUGUUUUUUUGAAUGUCAGAUGUCAGCAGCCUUGGAGGUUGAGGGCGCUCCCCAAACCACAGGGUAAAGCUCGCAUACUGGUCAGCUACACCUUCCCUCUCCCUGGAACUGGUAAAUGUAAAUUUAGGGGUGUUAUUUUCUUUGCUUUGCCUGCAUUGCUCUUAUCUGCUAUCACUGUGUAUCAAUAACAUUUGCCUAUUAUCAAAUUAAAGAAGUCGUGGUUGG